AUGAGAAGAUCGGAAGAAAGUGCGUCUACCACAUCUCCCCAGCAGGAGCUGUCAGCGACUGACAUCAUCAUAGGAUACUAUCUACCGCCGAUUUUCCUUUCGUUAGGUUUCACCGGCAACUUACUAAUUAUCGUCGUAUUGUCACAGCACCGAUACAGGGCCAGCUCGUCCUGUCUCUACCUUCGUUUCCUCGCCAUGUGGGGAAUAGCAUACCUCACUGUUGAUUUGCAAACCCACCUAAUGACAGUAUUCCCUGAGAAGGUUGCCAAGGUAGGCAACGCAUUCUGCGCUGAGGUGAUGUUUUUCGGGUACAGCGUCAUCAACAUGAAGGCGUACACAGUUGUCCUGAUGACCUUUUCUCGGUUCAUCGCCGUAAUUUUCCCGCUCAAAGCUGCAGUCAUUUGUACGUUGACCUCUGUGAAGCGCUUCCAGGCCGUUAAUGUACUUUUUUUCGGGAUCUGGGCAUUGCCACACGUCAUCUAUCAGAAGAAAAACACGGACGUCGCAUUCGGGAGUUUUGCGUGUAAAUUCGACGUUCCUCGUUUAGUCGCUUGGGGGUAUGAAUUAGCCCAUGUAACACUGAUUGCAAUACUUCCGUUUGCAAUUAUCAUUGGCUUCAACAUAUGUAUUAUUGUUGGCAUCAGAAGGAGAAGAAAAGAGAGCAGCGCCAUGACCGGCAGUGGAAAUUUUAGUGACGAUACGGCUGUUGUGACCUUGGUUGCCCUAGCAACCAUCACGUUUCUCAUCUGUUCGACUCCAUAUCUCAUCCACGUGACCUUCUGGGAUUUUGCCUCAGCGUCUAAAGUGUUGUCUCCGGAACAAAACAGGCAAUAUGGCAUGUCACAGAUGGUAGCUAUGCUGUUCUAUAAGAUUUAUCAGUGCGCGAAUUUUAUCAUCUACUUUGUCGCGUGCAGAAGAUUCAGAGAAGAUUUUAAGGUGGUGAUUUUCUGUAAGUGGGCAAGGCGCUAG